AUGGUGGCCGUUGAGAAAGCCAAGAGUGUUAGUGAAGAUGACGAAGGGCAUGGCGGUAGACUACCAGUCCUACAGAACCAUACGACAGACUACGAGACCUACGACUACGCAGAAGAGCGGCACCAGGUCAUCGGAGGCAAAGAGACCGACUCUUUGACGAGAUCAUUCGACCAAGUCAAGCGAGUCAUGGCAUGA